UCAGAGGCCACCACAGCAAGCUGCCGGAGCAGCAGCAGCGUCCCACUGAUCCUCGGCACAGCCAGUGCUGGGUCCGACUUCGUCAGGCGACAAUCGCGAUGGGGGGGUUGUUUUGAUUAAAGUGGACGGAUUUUUUCAUUCUUUUUUAAAAGCUCCAUUGUUACAGUGAAGUCCAGGAUAUUUGCUGUAGUCACUGAUCUCUACCAUCGAGUGUUCUUCUCGUUCCUGGAGGAGAAACACAUUUUAGGAAUAAUCUUCAAACUGAGAGGAGCAACUUUUCCUUAUAGUCAACGGCUGACCUAUGCUAAGCUAGCCCGCUAGCUCAAUGCUGUUGAAAUUCCCGUUAAAAGUCCACAAACGAGAAGGUAACCUUACACGUUUCUGGCUUCCUGGACUGGAUGAGACACGGUGACAACUUUCUGAGAGAAAGCUGUUCCUGUGAGCCUCUGUGUGUUCCCUCUGUGUGGACGGGGCAGGUGCACCUCCAGCGGCACCUGCGAUAACUCUGGAACUCUGAGCUAACUUUAGCUUGUUAGCAUUACACAGAAACACACACAAUGUUGUGGACGACUUUCUUCAUUGAUAUAUUUGAGUUUUAACACAUUAGUCGUUUAUAACCAACUCUGUAUUGCUGUUUGAGCGUCAGCCUGCACAGUGGGAGCAUUAGUGCUGUAAAAGUAACAGGGCUAACCGAGUUACUGACCCUCACACACUUUUUACCGGAGUGGCGACGUGGAUCCAGGGCUGGAGACACACAUUCUCCCACAGGACUUUGGACACGGUUAGACCCAAACGUGGGUAAGCCCCUCUGUCUUCAGCAACCAGUGUCAUAGAUGUGACACCAUGAGGAUUUCAGAAAGUUUCCUUUUACUGUUUUGAAGUUUUUGUUUUGUUCUAAAAGCACCCUGCACCCUAUGGUGCCGCUACGGCCACCAAGAAAUGGAUGUCUCGCAGGCCGCUUUCCCAAACGGUGAAGGGCGGCCGGGCGGCGGUGGGACUCGGGAACAUGCCGGGACAGAGUCCCCGACAGUUCGGGCGUGGGCUCACUCAGCCCCGCUGUGCCCGACUCGGUCCUUGUGGACAGCCGCGUAUGACUAUGAGGCCAGCGGCGAGGACGAGCUCAGUCUCAGGAGAGGAGACGUGGUGGAGGUCCUGUCCAAGGACGCAGCGAUCUCCGGGGACGAGGGAUGGUGGACGGGGAAAAUCAACCGCCGGGUCGGUAUUUUCCCGUCCAACUAUGUCACCUACCAACCCGCUAUUUACCGUCUUCCCGCUACGAGUGGGACUGUAGGAGAGCCGGAGCGAGUCCCGGGCUCUCCUGUCCAGAUCCCUUUUAGUGAACUGGUCCUAGAGGAGAUCAUUGGCGUGGGUGGAUUUGGAAAAGUUUACAGGGGCACAUGGAAAGAUCAGGAGGUCGCCGUGAAGGCGGCUCGGCAAGACCCGGACGAGGACAUAACAGCCACCGCCGGCAGUGUUAAACAAGAAGCAAAACUUUUCUCCAUGCUGCAGCACCCGAAUAUCAUCAAGCUGGAGGGAGUGUGUUUGGACGAACCCAACCUGUGUCUGGUCAUGGAAUAUGCCCGAGGAGGGACCCUGAACCGGGCGCUGACCGGAAGGCGCAUUCCUCCACACAUCCUAGUCAACUGGGCCGUGCAGAUCGCACGCGGAAUGCACUACCUACACGAGGAGGCUGUGGUACCCAUAAUACACCGUGACCUGAAAUCUAGCAACAUUUUAUUACUUGAAACGAUCGAGAAUGACGACAUUGGGAGGAAGACCUUGAAGAUCACAGAUUUCGGCUUGGCCAGGGAGUGGCACAGAACCACAAAAAUGUCCGCCGCAGGCACCUACUCCUGGAUGGCUCCUGAGGUCAUCAAGUCAUCGCUCUUCUCCAAAGGCAGUGACGUCUGGGGCUAUGGAGUCUUGCUGUGGGAGCUGUUAACCGGUGAGGUACCUUACCGGGGGAUAGAUGGCCUGGCUGUUGCGUACGGUGUAGCUGUCAAUAAGUUAACUCUACCAAUCCCCUCCACCUGUCCUGAACCCUUCGCCAAGCUCAUGGAAGAGUGUUGGGACCAAGACCCCCAUGUGCGUCCCUCUUUCUCCUGCAUCCUGGAGCAGCUGUCGGCCAUCGAGGAGGCAGUGAUGGCCACCAUGCCUCAGGACUCGUUCCACAGCAUGCAGGAUGACUGGCGAGUUGAGAUCCAGGAGAUGUUUGAUGAGCUCAGGACCAAAGAGAAGGAGCUUCGUUCCAGAGAAGAGGAGCUGACGCGGGCUGCCCUCCAGCAGAAGUCUCAGGAGGAGCUGCUGAAGCGUCGAGAGCAGCAGCUUGCUGAGCGGGAGAUCAAUGUGCUGGAGAGGGAGCUCAACAUCCUCAUUUUCCAGCUCAACAAAGACAAGCCUAAUGUGAAGAAGAGGAAGGGCAAAUUCAAACGCUCCCGACUCAAACUGAAGGAUGGAAAUCGCAUCAGCCUGCCCUCGGACUUUCAGCAUAAAAUCACCGUACAGGCGUCCCCCUCCAUGGACAAGAGACGAAGCCUUCACAGCACCAGCUCCUCUCCUCCCAGCAGUCCCACACUCAUCCCAAGACUACGAGCCAUCCAACUUACUCAGGAUGAGAGCAACCGUACAUGGGGCCGCAGCACCCUCUUCAGGCCGGAGGAGUUCGAUGAUGUGAAAAAGGGAAUCAAGAAGAAAGGAAGAACCUGGGGCCCCAGUUCAGUCCAGAGCAAAGAAAGGCCGGCGGCUGCUGAGAGAGUGCGUCCUCUGUCAGAUGGCAGUAACCCGUGGUCCACCAGCCUGGUCAAGUCCCAGAAGUCAGUCCCCCUCGCUGCACUGUUUGCCGAACAAGCAGGUAAAGAUGAAUCCUUCUCCCAAGAAUGUCCAGACAGCAGCUCCAAGCCAAAGCAGCUCAAGUUCCCCAACCAGGUGUACAUCGAUCUACCUCUGUGGAGGGACGAGCAGCAGCCUCAGAGCCCUGCUGGGCUGGGAGAUGCAGGGGUAGCAGGUCAGAACGGCCCACCGGACACCCCAGAUGACCCCUACACCACCACAUCCACCUCGUCCACCUCCACCACUCCACAGCUCACCCCCACUAACAGCCUGAAGCGGGCAUCAGCUCGCCGCAAGACUGACUCUGUUCUGUACGGCUGCGGCUCGCUGCUGGCUUCGGUAGCGCUCGGUUACGACAUACGGGAAGCUCUGAAAAACUGUGGGGAAGACUGCGAGCCUCAGCGUGAGGAAAAAGAGAAGAAGAAAAAGGAGGGCCUGUUUCAACGUGCAACCCGGUUCCGCCGCAGCACCUCACCGCCGAACGGUCGCCCCCGUAAAGACGAAGCAUCGUCAAACCACACCUCCCCCCCAUCCGUCAACCUCAUCUCCAUGUCAUCCAUCAUAGAAUGCAACUCCACUAAGUGUCUCAUACAGUCUGAGGCUGAGGCGUCACAGUGUAACCAUGGGAAGGUUGAGCUUGUGGCAGUCAAUCAUCACACAGAGCCAGCCAGACCGAGCCCCGCUUCAUCCACUGAAGGCCAGACCAACAGGACUACUGCAAACACACAGACACCAGUGCAAACCCAAAGCAAGCUGCCGGAGCAGAACAACCACAACACAGGGACACGCCUGCGCAGAAAGAAAUACACAUCCAACCACAACACAAACGGCUCACCCUCUCUCCCGCCUCCAGCCACACAGAAGAAGCAAGAGAAGGAGAAGGAUGGAGCGCAAGAGAAGCCCCCCAGUGGAGAGGCUUUCUCCAGACCCAGGCCGGUGUCUUUCCGGGCCAAACCCCACACCUGGGCCCUCCUGCGAGGACGCAACAAGAGCUAUUCGCUGGGCCACUACUCUGGAGAGAAGACGGCACAAAACCUAAGUGUGGUGCUGUCCACGGACGUGGGGAUGGGCUGCUCCCUGCUGGACAUGGACACAGAGGGCCAGAAACGGGACUGCACUGUGCCGCUCUGCCGCAUUCAGAGUUCCCCGGCACGAGCCUCCGUCUUCGAGCUGGAGAAGGAGUUCCUCUCUUAGGAGCCUGAGAAGUGAUCUGCUUCGGUCACAUUCUUCCUAUACAGUCUAGAGUGUUCCAGAACGUACCGACAUUCUUUUUGGCCUAAAACUCCUGGAGGGUUUAGAACCAGGCUGCCUUUUUUCAUAGAACCCAGCUUGUGCUUAGGUCUAGAACAUAGUGUCAGUGAUCUAGAGUUGAAAUGAGUGAGACCUCUAGAAGACACCUGUCACACAGAGGAGAUCUAGAACGUGCAUCCUGAUCUCAGUCCGAGAACGUGUGAGGCCUUACACCCUGCCUUAUUGUGUUCUAGAACAAACACACACACCAGCGCGUAGUUCUAAAAUCUGAGUGGAACAUUCCAGACCUGGAUCAGCAGCACCUUCUCUGAUCCAGUGGUCACCUCGCUCUCUCUCUUCCUUUGUCACCCUCUUCCUCUCUCUACUGUCAGUGCAGCUAAACGUUGACCGCUGCUGCAGCUUUCGCAACACAAUACCCUCACCUUUUUAUUUAUAUAUAUAUUUUUAUAGGUAAUUUAAUAUGAAGAGACUUGACCUUACCUUAGCAUCCAGCAGGACAUUAUUUCUAUGUCAGUUUCAAAGUUGAGCAAUCACACUUUUAGAUGUUUUGACUUGAGAAUCAUGCAUGCAUGUACCCUUAAAAUGUUGAACAAAAAAAAAAUCAUUAUGCCUUGUUUGUAAAUAUUUCUUUUUAUCCUUUAUCAGCCUGAUGCUGGCAGUUGUUUUGUAUUUCUUAUAUAUGCUGUUUUAAGACUGUUUUUAAAGUAAGCAAUGCUGCAGUACAGAUAUGUGUUCUAGGUACCAGUUACAUCCUGCGUUGUGUAUUGCAGGAAUGCCUUCCCACCAAGAAUACCCUUAAAAUUUGAGACAUUCAGGAAGACAAACACAAGAAGUCUUAAAAAAACUAAAUGUGGAAACCUGUCUUUUUAAAGUGGGGUAGAAUUUGAAAUGUCUGUAGAGGUCUUGUGUUGCUCAUGAGGAUUCUUCUGAGUAUUUAUAAAAACGUUUGUUUUCUGGUUCAGUCAGCACACUGCAGCAGAGCGGAGGAACACUUCAGCUACAAAUGAUGAUGUCAGCAUUUCUGCCUCAAAUACAUACAUUUAUAACGUAUUCCCUUCGAUGACAGCUGAUUGCUGCAACUGUGACGGCACAGCAUUAUGAUUUUAGUUUUAGACUAAAUAGUGCACAGCCUGGGAGUGACCAGAACGCUUGUUUUCAUUUUCAGACAUGGGUCCAAACCAAGCGGCAACCUCCGGUCUCAAACUGAAGCCCAUGCGGAACUGUUAUAAAUAGCAAUUCAUAGAGAAUCCGCUUGAGGCUGGCUGCAGAAACACCGGAAACCACAUAGACAUGAACAGGAAAAGACGAUCUUUGCAGCAUUAAUAAACAUGUUUACAGCCUGGUUCAAAAAAUUACUUGGAUCUACAAAGCUAAUUUCUCUCUAUCAGCACACGCUGUACGGGGGUGAAUUUACGUCACACUCUGCCUGGUUGAGUUCCGCAUUUCCAAUAUGGCUGCCGCCGUCGAUUGGGUUCAAAACAGCGCUCAGGAACAGAUGGGUGACGUCACAGAUACUACGUCUAUAUUUUAUACAGUCUAUGGUCUAAACAUUGGUUACACGAGAUAGAGAGUCUCAAUUCCCUCACUAUACUUAUUCUACUAUGGUCGGCUAAAAAUUGCGUUCAAAUCAACUUUUGUUUGUCUUGAAAUCUAAACCUCAUUACCCCAGUACCACACUGUCAUUGCAAGUUGAAUAUACCUAAAUUUAAUUUUAGAUUUCAGGUUUUCAUCUCAGAUUCUAACAAGAUCAAGCUCAGGAAAGCUUGUCAAAUCUGAAGACAGUUUUUGUCUUUAGACAUUGAGUUCAAAGUUGACUCUGUCUCUGUAGAAUGAAUACUGUAUCUUGUUCUUCGGUCACUCCCAGGCCUCUCUCUGAACAUCGAACAAAUAAUUCUAACAUCAAUUGCUCAUUGAUAAUUGUGUUCCCCAAACGUUUUGUUGCUGUCUUACAUCAAUCUAUUUUUGAUAAGCUCAUUGGAAAAUGUGACCACUUUUAAAGACAAAACCACAAGGGCUUAUUUGUGACCUCUCAAGUGGUGUAUAUAUAAUUGUGAUUGCAGAUGUGUGUAUCACUGUGGCAUCUUUAUGAUUUAGAAUGUGAAGUAUUCCACUUUAUGUAUUUUAUGACAACUGACUGUCAAACAAACACUGUUAACUGGAUUUACCCUUCUUCUUCUUUUUUUGAAGAAAUGAGGGUUGUGUGUAAAUACCACAAUGCACUGGUGCUGUACAUUCCCCUCUAAACACUGUGUGUCAGUUGGAGGCUGAAGUCUGCUGUUUGUUGUCCACAGUCACAUCUUUGUUGGCUGUGUACUAAACUUAACAAUGUGUCGACAAACCCAAAAAACAUUCCACUACAUGAGACAAACUGCAGAUGAAUAUUUGUGAUACCAGUUAGCAAUAUGGUGCAUUGAGGCUUCUGGCUAUGGGACCAAAUUUAACUCUACCAGCACUAAGGCAUCACUGUCUUCAGGACCAAAACCACUAAAUGAACUAGCUGCUAGUGAGAAGUUCUUACAAAGAAAACUAUUCCACAUAAAAAAUAAAAAAAAACCUUCAUAAACAACCUCAGAGGACCCAUCGACUUCUCAUCAAAUAACAAGACUUUCUGUUAAAUGCAACACCUUCUGUUAAGUCACUGAACAUCUCUGCCACACUGAAUGUGUCAGAUUUUAGCUUUGAGUUCAGCUGUUUCAGUGAACAGUUCUUAUCAUUACAGUAUUGGUUAUUUCAUGCCUGAUUGAUCAAGAGUACCAAGUUUAUCAAUAUUUUUAAUAAAGUCAAAAUGAGACUAAGAA